AUGGCAAGAAGAAAUGUCCUCAUUACAGGUUGCUCCUCAGGAAUUGGAUUGGCCCUAGCUGUAAAAAUGGCAAAAGAUGAACAGAAAAGAUUUAAAGUGUAUGCCACAAUGCGGAAUCUGGCCAAGAAGGAGCCACUCGAGGAAGCCGCAGGUCGCAGGCUGGGCAAAACCCUCGAAAUUAAACAACUGGAUGUCUGUGAUGAACAGUCUAUUAAAACUUGUGUGAAUAGUAUCCCUGACAGAAGGAUCGAUGUCCUAGUUAGCAAUGCUGGAAUGGGGCUCAUUGGACCUAUUGAAUGUCAGACCAUCGAUGAAAUGAAAACUGUGAUGGAUACCAACUUCUUUGGACUGGUUCGACUCCUGAAGGAGAUUUUGCCCGACAUGAAGAGGAGAAAGAGCGGGCAUAUAGUUAUAAUAAGCAGUGUUAUGGGAAUACAAGGUAUCUUAUUUAAUGAUGUUUAUGCUGCGUCUAAGUUUGCUGUGGAAGGAUUCUGCGAAAGUUUAGCUAUACAAGCGCUCAAGUUCAAACUGCAGUUAAGUCUGAUUGAACCGGGCCCAGUAGUUACAGAGUUUGAAAGAAAAGUGUUUGAAGAUGGAAUGAAAAUGGAUCUUUCAGCUGCAGAUGAGGAAACAGCUGAGAUGUUUACUAAUAUUUACCUUAAAAACUACAAACAAAUUUUCCAGAGCCUGGGACAAAGUGCUGAAGAUGUUGCAGAGCAUACAGUAAAGAUAAUUCUUGCAGAAAAUCCACCUUUUCGCCAUCAGACCAACACCUUGUAUACUCCGAUGACAACUCUGAAAUAUGCAGAUCCAAAUGGAGAUCUACCCAUUGAUAUAUUCUACAAAAUGGUUUUUCAUCACGACAAAAUCUUCAGUGCAAGCCUUAACUUUAUCAAAUUGCUGAGGUGGAGAAGCAGAAAGAGCUUUGACCUGGGAAAACCCUCGCAAUAA